UUCCGCCACACACUCCCUUCCAUUUCCCCCACUUCUCAAUUCUCCCCGAUUUGCCCUUCUGCUCUAUCCCUCGUCUUCUUCUUGUCCGAUUCUUUCUGUCAUCCAACACUUGUCUAUAACUGGCAAUUGAUUGAGCAGUUAUUCGGAAUCUCCAUACCCGAUUAAUGCAGCUUCUUCUUCAUCUAUGUCGGCGUUUCUUGGGAGUCUGGCGAUGGACUGCGUUGCUUUUCUGCAGGAUUUCGAUGUGAGUUUUGGGUUUUUGUUCUACAGGGUUAUGUGUUUGUUAUUGCUUUUCUUCCUGGGUCUGGUCAGUUGGUUCUGCAAGGGGUUGAAUCCCUCUCCUUGCAGUUUCAGUGCGAGAUCCGGGGAAUUGAAAUGUGGGGUUUGCUCGGGAUGUGAUUUUGGUGCGGAUUGUGGCUCAAAGACUGGAUCUUGUGGAUGGUUCAAGAGCUAUGGCGCAUCCCCGGGGAUUGAUGUACUGGAAGAAAAGACCAAAGGAAGCGAUUCUUGUGAUUCGAAUGAUGAAGGGGAAGAAGAAGAUGAUGGUGGGUCUGGUGCAGAUAAGGUGUUCGGCGUUUUGACACUGAGAAAAAUGGUGAAGAUUGAGAGGAGGAAAGCGAAGCGGGCUCAGUUAGAGCUGGAGAAGGAGAGACAAGCGGCGUCUGGUGCAGCGGAGGAAGCCAUGGGGAUGAUUCUGAGGCUUCAGAAGGAGAAGAGCAGGAUAGAAAUGGAGGCCAAACAGUACAAAAGGAUGGCUCAAGAGAAGCAACGCCAUGACCAAGAAGUGAUCCGGUCCCUGCAAUGGCUUCUUCUGAAGCAAGAGUGCUCGGAAAGUGGUAAUAUCCUGGAAGAAGAUGAACUGAAACCGGGUAGUAAAGGAUGGAAGCACAUUAUCAUGAGGAACAAAGACGAUGACAACUCGGAGGAAGAAGACGAUGAGGCAUCAUCACCUUGGAGUUCUUCUCCUAAUCCCAAAUUAGUCGGAUGGAUUCGCCAUAGACUGUUUAGCUCUCUUGAUCUUGAUCUGUCACUUGAAGAAGUUAGCAACUAAAGCAGAGAGAGAGAGAGAGAGAUGUGGAAUUGUUGCAAGAGUAUAUGGCACAAAUAUAACACUGCUUCUUGUAAGUGCUGAACCAGUAAGAGGUCUGAACCAUUAAGUGCUGAACCAGUAAGAGGUCUGAAGCAUUAAGAGUUAGUAUAUUGCUUAACUAUUUAGAGGCAAAUGUCUGAUCAAUUCAGAUAAGAGGUCUUAACCAUUCAGACUCUGUAUAAUACUUAACCAUUCAGAGGCAAAUCUCUUAACCAUUCAGACAUCUGAACCAUUAAGAGGCUGAAACAAACAGUCUGAACCAUU